AGGGUCAUUAGUUGUGAGUGCGGUGGACAUAAUACCCGACGGCUUGCUGAAUCACACAAACUCUUCCGCAUCGACAAAACUUUGAGGACGGAGGUUCCUUUGCCGUUGAUUUGUAAUGUUCAGAUGGGCACUGCAGCGGUUUAUGGAGGAGCGACGAAUAUGAACAGCUCUCAAUUGUACAGGACUGCGCAGAGAGAGAGAAAAUAAAACACCCAGAUGUUCAAUUUUCACCUCUUUCUCUCUGCCUUUUGACGGAGUUCAGUGAAGUGGGCUAUUGCUGCCCAUUAUAUUUCUGUUAUCGCCGGGACCAUAUGCUGUGUGUAGCCCAUGACUUUAGGAUCUUGAACGUAUGGUGACUUUGUGAGCUCACGAAGGAUAUCCAACUUCCAUUGAGCAGGAAGAUGCGGCUGAGCAGACAAUUCACUGUUUUUGGCAGUGCCAUAUUUUUUGUCGUUAUUAUCUCACUAUAUUUAAUGCUGGAUCAUCUACAAUUAGAUCAUACCAAAAAUCCAAGCAAUGGAAUGGACCGGUCUCAAAAUGGGCAGCUGUCUGUCCUGCAGGACAAAAUCGAUCACCUGGAAAGACUGCUCGCUGAGAACAACGAGAUUAUCACCAACAUCAGGGACUCUAUUAUCAAAAUCACAGACUCAGUGAAGGAUGGGCGAAGGGCAGUGGACUCGGGCAACUUCAGCCAGGGUCCUGCAGAGAUGCUGCCGUCACCUCCACUGGUCAUUCCCAUCGACCCUGAAGACUGUCAGUUCUCAACAAGGCCUUACUCCAAAUCUACGGAUGGAGUGCAGAUGUUGGAUGUGUACGAUCUACUGGCCUUCGAUAACCCUGACGGGGGCGUGUGGAAACAAGGCUUUGACAUCACCUACGACGAGCACGAGUGGGACAAGGAACCUCUGCAGGUGUUUGUGGUGCCCCACUCGCACAAUGACCCUGGCUGGCUGAAGACCUUUGAUGAUUACUAUCGCGACCAGACACAGCACAUCCUCAACAACAUGGUGGUGAAGCUCUAUGAGGACGCCCGCAGGAAGUUCUUCUGGUCCGAGAUCUCCUACUUCUCCAAGUGGUGGGACAACAUCGACGACCAGAAACGGGAUGCCGUGAAAAAGUUGAUUGAGCGCGGCCAACUGGAGAUUGCCAGCGGGGGCUGGGUGAUGCCCGACGAGGCCAACACGCACUACUUCGCCCUGAUCGACCAGCUCCUGGAGGGACAUCAGUGGCUGGAGAGGCAUUUGGGUGUGAAGCCCAAGACGGGCUGGGCCAUAGACCCGUUCGGCCACUCUCCCACCCAGGCCUACCUGCUGAAGCAGGCAGGGUUCUCCAACAUGCUCAUCCAGAGGGUCCACUACUCGGUCAAGAAGCACUUCGCCAGCCACAAGACCCUGGAGUUCUUCUGGAGGCAAAAUUGGGACCACGAUGCCAGCACGGAUAUCCUGUGCCACAUGAUGCCCUUCUACAGCUACGACGUGCCCCACACCUGCGGCCCCGACCCCAAGACCUGCUGCCAGUUCGACUUCAAGAGGCUCCCGGGCGGCCGCGUCAGCUGCCCCUGGAGAGUCCCUCCCCAGGCCAUCACUGACAGCAACGUCCACGACAGAGCCCGAAUGUUGCUGGAUCAGUACCGAAAGAAGUCCAAGCUGUUCCGGUCCAAGGUGGUUCUGGCUCCUUUGGGUGAUGACUUCCGUUAUACAGAGGCUCUGGAGUGGGACCAGCAGUUCCAGAACUACCAGAAGCUCUUUGACUACAUGAACUCUCACCCUGAACUUAACGUCAAGGCCCAGUUUGGGACCAUCUCCGACUACUUCGAGGCUCUGCGGAAAGCGACGGGCGACGGUGCGGGCUCCUCGACACUUCCAGCGGUCAGCGGCGACUUCUUCACCUACGCCGAUCGUGACGACCACUACUGGAGUGGCUACUUCACCUCACGGCCCUUCUACAAGCGUCUGGACCGCGUACUGGAGUCACACCUCAGGGCUGCUGAGAUCCUCUACUCCUUGGCACUGGCCAACAUGAGGAAGGUUGGCAAGUCCAACGACUUCCCCGCCGUGGAGAGCUACAAGCUUCUGACGGGCGCCAGGCGCAACCUCGCCCUCUUCCAGCACCACGACGCCAUCACGGGCACAGCCAAGGACUGGGUGGUGGUGGACUACGGCACCAGGCUCUUCCACUCCAUCCUCAACCUGAAGCGGGUCAUCGUAAGCUCGGCCCACUGGCUCUCUCUGAAGGACAAGCAGAUGUUUAAUCACGACCCGUCCAAUCUAUUUCUGCAAAUGGAUGAUGUCCAGCCAGCUCAAGAUGCUCUGCCCCGCAAGACCGUUUUAAAAAUAAGCCCAAACCCAAGGUCUCUGGUCAUCUACAAUCCAGCGGACCAGGCGCGGUCGUCCAUGGUGACCGUUUACACCAACACCCCCCACGUGCGCGUCCUCAACGCUUACGGUCAGGUGGUCAGGGCACAGGUCAGCGCUGUGUGGGAGGACACCAGCAGAGUGUCCAAAGACGCCUACCAGCUGUCUUUUGUAGCUCAGGUUCCCGCUCUGGGUCUGGGCGUCUACCAGCUGUGUGAGGGUGCGGAGGUGCAGACCGAGCCCGCCCGGUACCUGGUCCUGCAGCAGGGCAGUGACCUGUCCAUCCAGGGCGGCGAGUCCUUCCAAGUGGACACGUCCCAGGGCCAGACGGAGCCCAUCGUCCUGGAGAACAGCCACCUGCAGCUGACCUUCUCUCCGUACACCGGCCUACUCGAGAAACUGAGGCUGAAGGAGGACGGCGUGGAGCGACAGAUGAAGGUGGAGUUUGUCUGGUACGGCACCACCAGCAAGAAAGAUAAGAGCGGCGCCUACCUCUUCCUGCCCGACGGGGAGGCCAAGCCCUACUCUUCAUCCAAGCCGCCUGUGAUCCGAGUCACCAAGGGCUCCGUCUUCUCCGAAGUCACCGCUUCCCUAACUCACAUCACACACACUCUGCGCCUCUACCACAUUCAUGGUUUGGAGGGCCAGUCGGCAGAGAUCUGUAACUCUGUGGAUAUAAGGGGGGAGUUCAACCGUGAAAUUGCAAUGAGGAUAACAUCAGACCUGAACAGCAAGGAUCGAUUCUUUACAGAUCUCAAUGGGUUCCAGAUCCAGCCCAGGCGGACGAUGUCCAAGCUGCCCCUGCAGGCGAACUUCUACCCCAUGACCAGCAUGGCCUACCUGCAGGAGCCCGGCCUGCGGCUCAGCCUACUCACCGCCCAGUCCUUGGGGGUCAGCAGCCUGCGCAGUGGCCAUCUGGAGGUGAUUCUGGACCGGCGGCUGAACCAGGACGACAACCGAGGCCUUGGUCAGGGUGUCCUGGACAACAAGGUCACCGCCAACGCCUUCCGCCUGCUGCUGGAAAAGAGGAUCUCCACCGAAGAGCCACAGGGAGAGGGCAACACUCCCUAUAGCUUCCCUUCUCUGGUGGGUCACAUGUCGUACAUGCACCUCAACCACCCGCUCGUCCCAAUGGCGACGGGCCUGGACACGGCUGAGGUCCCCCUGACCCCCUACGCACCUCUGGAGUCCUCGCUGCCCUGCGACGUCCACCUGGUCAACCUGCGCACCAUCCAGUCCAAGGAUGAGGGUGGAGGUCCGUCGGAGGAGGCUGCUUUAAUUCUGCACAGAAAAGGCUUUGACUGCGCCUUCUCCAGCAGGAACACUGGCCUUCUGUGUUCCACCACAAGUGGCAAGAUCGCUGUGGACAAGCUGUUCGCUGAGCUGACGGUAAAGCGGCUGACGCCGGCGUCUCUGUCCCUGUUGCACAGCGCCGAGAGUGACCAGAGCUCGCACCAAAUCACAAUCAAGCCCAUGGAGAUCAGCACACACCGGCUACAGCUCAGCUGAGCCUCUCGGACCUCCCCUGACCACCAGCCCCCCACCCCCCCCACCCCACCCCCCUUAGCCCUUAGCCCUCAGCCCUUAGCCCUUCCUCCCUUCCUCUGUCCGACUGACCCUGCAGCCUCCGUGCUGCUGUCCCGUUGCCUAAUUUCUCCCCAGGAACCCUGGCUUGACAUCCCGCUGCUAGCCAACCAGAGCUGUCAAAGCCCCCAGAUCAUGUCAGUCCCUCGUAAGCCCCAAGGACCUGCAGGCGUUUGGUCAGCUCUGACCCUUCUAGAGAUGUAACUAUAUUUUAAUACGAUCAGCCGUGUGCACCUUGGUGCCAGAGACCCUCAAGCUCAUGUGUGAGGAUGGUUAAAGGACUGACCUGUGGGCUAUGGAGGCCCACAAGGGACAAAAGAUUUUGAAGUUAAACAAAAAAAGAAACGAGAGGGGGCUCACAAAAACACCACGCCAUUGCCUUUGAGCGCAGAAAGACGGGCGUGGCAAGAAUCUCACAUGGACUUGUCCUUGUGGUGUCCACGCGUCAGGAAAAGUGCAAUAUGAAAAUGGCCGCUGAGAAUCCCAAGCUCCUUCUCUCAGGUGCCUGUGCGAAGCACGAUGGAUGUUGGGUGUGUGUGUGUAUGUGUGCAAAGAAGGAAUGACUAUGGGUGGGUAAUUGUUUUGUGUUGGUGAAUGUAUUUUAUUUUUUCCUUUCCAAAUGUGAUUUCUUGUUUGUUUGUUUGUUUGUUUGUUUGUUUCCCCCUUGUUUUCGACAAGGUAUUGAUUUAAUGUAACCACAACAAAGUUGGAUAUGUCUUAAAUUUACACAAAACUUUUGCCUAAAUGAUGAAACUGAAGUCUAAGCUAGCAAAGAGGUGCCACCCUCAAAGUGACUGUAUAGUGCUUCUUGAAAAGAGGAUUGAUUUUUGUGAGAAUCACAAAAGAUUUUGAACAGGACUCUAAAAAAAAAAAAUCCAAAGUUGUUAUCCAAGGAAAUGUGCCUUAUUUUACACUUUCAUAUGGGGUGUUGAGUGUGUUAUGUUCGCCCUAAGGCCAUGAUGGAUAUUUUUACGUUCUUUGACAUGACAUUUGAUAUGAGUGCAGUUGUAAGUGGUUGCAGAAUCUUAUCUAAUGAGUCUGUAAUGAUUAUGGGUCUAUUAUUGUGACCCAAAUGUCAGCUGAGUUGUCUCUGAAGCUACUCUUGGCCUGUUUGGAAACUGGUCAUGCAAACAGCAUGGCCAACAUAUCAACCAUCACCAUGCUGCCAUUUCUGCUAGACAUUUAGCACAUAUUUACUGAAAAAAAACACAUCAAGAGUGUUGUCUGGCAUUUAAGCACAUAACAAAAAAAAGAAGAUUGUACUGUCACUACUUACCAGCUGACAGUUCACACCAGUGUAACUGUCCAGUAGAAAAUUCCUUUAGAAAUUCACUGAAUCAUCAUGCCAACAUCCACGUCAAAUCAUGUUCCCCAAUGGCAAUUCAUCAUAGUGUCCCUUGAGCCAGAUUUAAGUGAUGAUGUCCCUUGACACCAGCCAAGCAGUCAUAAAUUCCUCCCAGACUCCUGGCCAGUGAACUCAGACAUGCAUACAUUAUUAUAUGCAGAGAAUGUGUGGGCAAUAUCAACUAUGCAAGUCUACCAUUUGACCUGCAAUUUAUCUGAGUCCUCAUCCACCGAUCCUUAUACUGGCAACAAGCUCAUUAUAACAAGGGUCUUGCCGCACGUUACAUUUCAGCAGAAUGCUCGAUUGCUUGAUUUUGUUUUAGUCAAGCACUGAAGAUGGGACAGUAGUUCAUGGAGUGACCAAAAAGAGGAACUGGAUUGCACGUCAAGAGGACCAGUGAGAAGCUGCUCCAUCAUGUGGUGCGCGUUCCAGUGCAGUUCAUCACAUUUCUUUUUUUUGGAAGAUGACAAAUUGCUGGACCAGUUGAUGCUGUGAUGUGUAUUCACCUUUUUAUGUGGUCAUUUGUGUGCUUGUUUCUUAGUUUUUAAUUAUUUCAGCUAAAUGUGGGAGCUGCUUUUGUUCCACAGCGAUUUUUUUGUUCUGUGUGUGCGUGCAUGGGUGAACAUCAUUUGAUGUAUGUGAGCUGGUUCUGGCCAAGUCGUGUUUGGAAUGUCUGGUGCAUACCAUUCCGUAUUCCUUCAUUUUGUGCCCUAUUCUUAUUUCCACUAGAGAAAGGCUGGCCAAGUAAGAAAGUAAGAAAUUAUUACAUUUGAUGUUGCAUUGAUCAGUCUUCAUUUUUACCUUGGCCAGCAAUAAUAAAAAUGAAAAGGUUUUGAUUGAUUUUUGGAAUGUGUUUGUAUGUAUGCACUCGCGUAUGUGUGUGUGUGUGUGUGUGUGUGCGUGUGUGUGUGUGUGUGUGUGCGUGUGUGUGUGUGUGUCUUUGUGUGUGUGUGUGUGUCUUUGGGUCUGUCUGUGAGUGGGUGUCUUUUCUACCUUGUCGGCUGUUGAGUCAAAUUUCAUCUUCGGAAAAUUCUGUUUAAAUGUAAUAUAAUGGAAGAAUAAAUUCGAAAGGAAACACCCAGA